UGAACUCCGUCGUCGUAAAAUUAAUAUUUUUAUCGUUAUCAUUUUAAAGUAUUAUCUACCCACCAGUCCUAGGUCCGUUUCCUUGACUGGGAAAGAUAAGCUGAGGUCUCAAUGUCCAUUCGAAUAGAGACAUGGAUUUAUUAGUGUAUUUAAAUCCAUUUCGAAUUUUAAAAGAUUUUGUCCGUAUACCUAUCGAAGCUUUUUUCGGACGCCAAUAUUUAGAUUAUAAAAAGAAAACUAACCAAGGUAUUAACAGUGUGAAGGAGUUAUUACUAAGGGCUGGUGUAGUUUUAGUGUUUUUGUCGGCAAUUCUAUGGAUUUCUAUAUUUAUGUAUGUCAUAUUUUACUACAUUUAUAUGCCUAACGUAACACAUAUACGGCCCGUUCAUUUACAAUUCAAGCCAUGUGAGGAACAAAUAGGUGUUUGCUCCUUUCCAUCGGCACAUGUGCAACUCACACAACGUACCAGUUUAUUAAUGUCAGGACAGCCAUAUCGGAUAAAACUGAUCCUCGAAAUGCCCGAGACACAGACCAACAAAGACUUAGGCAUGUUCAUGGUGUGCGCACAGUUGCGGGCUAAAGGCGGAGUGUUUGUUUCGUCUUCCUGUCGUUCAGCGAUGAUACGACACAGGUCGAAGCUGCAUCAUUUGAUACGAACAACGGUGUUCUCUCCCAUGUUACUCAGCGGACUGGAGGAAGAAAAACAACAGAUACAUGUCGAGUUGUUCAGCGACUUUAUUGAUGAUCCUGAAUUGUCGGUAACGGACGCGUACGUUGAGGUGCAGUCUCGGUUCGCUCAGGUGUACUCGUGCGAGUUACACGUGCAGGCGCAUUUCUCCGGCCUGAGGUAUAUCAUGUACUACUGGCCGAGGUUUUCUGCAUUAAUUGGAAUCUCAACAAAUCUUUUCUUCGUGUCCUUGGUGUUUAUUCUGAGUUGGUAUCAUCUGCAAGAAGGUCUACCUGAAUUUAUUAAGAGUAAAUUGGGUGAGAAAGAAGUAAAAAAAGAAGAAUCCAUUGGAAAAAUUAAAUUGGAACAAGAGAGUAAAGACUUCCCAUUCUUUGAGGACGAGGCGCUGCUGAAAGAAUUCCAGAAGUUGGAACAAAAGAAAGAUUAGAAGACUGAAAUUUUAUAUAUUACGUUAUUUUUUUUAUUUAACCAACAUUCAGAUAUGAUGUUCCCACUAUAGAAACAUUUAUGUAAAAAAUUGUCUUUGAAAAACAUAGGGAACAUGUUUUCGGUUAUUCUGUCUAAAUUCGCCAAAACAGCGAAGUGCCCGAUAUUCAUAGACAUCUAGAUGCUUUAGUAAUUAGGUAACGAAAUGCUUUUUGGCUAAAUUGUGCAUAUCAAAGAAUUU